AUCGCUAAGAGCCAUAGUUCUGAUGAGGCGUGGGAAAGUUAUUGCCAUUACAUAGUGAUGAGUGAAAAUCAAGUUUGUUUUAAUCGAUUCUUAUCGCACGGGUUUAAUCCUUUCAAAGGCCAUUGGAAAUUCACAUAUACAAAAAAAUUAUUAACUACAAAACCUGAAGACCAUCAUGCCGUGGUCAGUACAUUUGAUCUUUUCAGUAUUGGUAUUGGCCCAUCGUCAAGUCAUACUGUUGGCCCAAUGCGAGCAGCAAAGAUUUUCGUAACAGAUUUAAAAAAUCGCAAUAUUUUUGAAAAGGGUGAAACUCCCGAAGAAAUUGACACAUCUACUAUAAAAUCGCGAAUAUCCAAAAUUAAUGAAACAGACAUUCUUACUCUGAAUGGAACAAAAACAAUAAAAUUUAAUGCUAAAAAACAUCUUGUUUUUCACUAUUAUGAAUCACUUCCUCAACACCCAAAUGGCAUGAGAUUUAUUGCUUUCAAUGAGCAUGGUGAUCCUUUGAUUACUAGUGAAUUUUUUUCAAUAGGCGGUGGCUUUGUAGUUGAAGAAACCACCAUUCAACAACAUGGUGACAAUCUUUUUUAUAAAGAUUAUGAUAAAUCUUCAGCCGACUUACAGCGUGCAAGGCAAGAUGAGGCUGUUACUAUUGCUGCGUUACCUUUUCGAAAUGCUGAAGAAUUAUUAAAUGUUUGUAAGCGAGAAUGCAUGACAAUUGCACAAGUUGUUUACCAUAAUGAACUACAAUGGCGAACUCCCGAGCAAAUUAAAAAUAAAAUAAUGGACAUUUGGAAUACAAUGAAUCAAAGCAUUCAAAAUGGAUGUAUGAACACUGAAGAAUAUUUACCAGGUAAUUUGAAAGUACGAAGGAGAGCUCCAGGGUUAUACCAGAAACUAAUAAGUGGAAUGAAUGAACUUCCACUUCUGAAAGCGACAGAUAAUUCGCUAGUGCCAAGCACAAGUUACAAAAAAGUUAUUCCACGAAAACUUUGGAAACAACCCACGUUACCUGUCUUGGACUAUAUCUCAUUGUAUGCUAUUGCGGUUAAUGAGGAAAAUGCUUCUGGUGGACGGGUGGUUACUGCACCAACUAAUGGCGCAGCCGGCGUAAUUCCCGCUGUGCUAAAAUAUAUUUUGGAGUUUAUAUCUGAUAAUCAUGCACGGGAUAUCAUGGAAUUUCUGUUUACUAGCGCCGCUAUAGGUAUGCUUUACAAACGAGGUGCAAGUAUUAGUGCAGCUGAAAUGGGUUGUCAAGGAGAAGUUGGUGUUGCAUGCAGCAUGAGCGCAGCUGGAUUCGCCGCAGUAAUGGGCGCAACACCGAAACAAGUAGAGAACGCAGCGGAAAUAGGAAUGGAACAUAAUCUAGGCUUAACGUGUGACCCAAUAGAUGGACUUGUGCAAAUUCCCUGUAUAGAACGUAAUGCUCUUGGUGCAAUCAAGGCUAUAACCGCUGCUCAAUUAGCAUUAAACGGUGAUGGAAAUCAUAGAGUUACUUUAGAUCAAGUAAUUGAGACUAUGCGGCAGACUGGGUUAGACAUGCAAAGCAAAUAUAAAGAAACUAGUCAAGGAGGAUUUGCAUCACUUCUUCGUUCGCAUGGGAUUGGCACUUUUCACGCCAUAUUUGAUCAAAAAAUUGGUAAAGUAGUUACUUCUCAUCCUGUUUUACAACCUAUUGGAGAUUAUUUUACAGAAGAGAAUACCGACUUUGAUAAGCAUGAAGGGAUUUUUGGUCAGAUUGGUCCCGUUUCCGGAGUUUUACAGGGCGCUUUUAUACACAGAACUUGUCGAGGUCCAGGAGCGGGUGGUGUGAGGAAUUGGAGUUACAAUACUAUCGAGGAUUGGUUUCGUGAUGGAAUUAGAUUAUCUAAAGGCAUGACUCACAAAAAUGCUCUUGCUGAAUUGUGGUGGGGAGGAGGGAAAGGUGUUAUUGACCGAAGCACUGGAAUUGGUUUAAAUAUUGGAUCUACUCCACUACAACGUCGUGUAGUGUUUGAAGAAUAUGGAUCUUUUAUAAGUUCCCUAAAAGGUUGUUACGUAACGGCUGAAGAUGUAGGCGUGAAAGACGAUGAUAUGGCUGCGAUAUUUUUAAGAACACGGUUCACGACAUGUAUUCCGCCUCAAUAUGGUGGUAGUGGUAAUCCCAGUUCACCAACGGCUCGAGGUGUAGUUCGCGCCCUUGAGGCCGCCUUUUCACAUAUUGGAAAAAGCUCGUUGCAUGGUGUUACUGUAGCUGUUCAAGGUGUUGGGCAUGUGGCUACUGCUUAUAUACGAUAUUUGGUUGAAAGGCAAGUUGGACAUAUAAUUGCCUGUGACGUAGAUUCUCAAAAGAUUAAAGCUGCUGAGAAAACAUUUUCUAAGGAAAUAAAGGAUGGUACUAUUUCGUUUCGAUUAGCUAAGGGUAGUGAUCAUUCAAUCUUAUAUGAAGAUGUUGAUGCUGUUUCCCCAUGUGGCAUUGGUGGGAUUCUUAAUGUUGAAACUAUACCUAACAUUAAAGCCAAAAUUGUAUGUGGUGCAGCAAAUAAUCAAUUGCAAGACAUAUCUAAAGAUGGACAAUUGCUUGCUGAAAGAGGAAUAAUUUAUGUUCCUGAUUUUUUGGCAAAUCGAAUGGGCAUUGUUAAUUGUGCUGAUGAGGCCUCAGGUUACGUAGAUGAUGAUCCAAUGUUUGAAAAACAUCUUGGUGACACUUGGGAGAAUUCUAUAUACAAUCUUACAAAAUUUGUUCUUUCAGCUGCUGAAAAAAGUUCGCGCACAACACAGAAAGUAGCAAUAGAAUUAGCAGAAAAAAGGUCAUUUGUCAAACAUCCUAUCUUUGGACAUCGUGGAAUACAAAUUAUUAAUAGUUUAGUUAAUGGCAAAGAGUGGAAGAUGAAAAUUAAUGCAUGUUAG